AGCUAAUUUGACAGUAGUUGCUCGUGGAACGGUGUAUUCACUCUGACCUAUACGCUAACGUUAGCUGUCUUCAAGCAAUGAAUGACAAUGUUUCUGACAACUGUUAACUUGGCUAAAAGCAAAUCAAAGACCAUCCUGGUGCAGAUGAUGAGUGCCGCUGGAACAGGUUUCUCUCUCAAUGCUAAAAGAGGUCGCCUGCGGGAAAAAAUGGUCUUGCGCAAACAUGACCCCAUUGUCAAUAAGCACGUACUUUUCUUUGAAAAGAAGAAGAUCCGAUCCCUGUAAAGAUGAUUGAGCACCUAAAGAGGGUCUGCAGUAUGGAAGUUUGCAAUAAACCCGUUUCCGUCAGCCUUUCAGGACUUGUGCUGUUUGUAUAACUAAGUAUGAUUACAUGCUAGGGAUGGUUGCUGAAUGUAGUGUGAAUGCAUUGUUUUGAUGUUGCUUUUGAUUUCUUCUUGUUAUUGAUCAUGUGUAUGGUAGAAUUUUCAUCUCCAUUUUGAUUUGAAAAGUUUUUUUUUUUUUUUUUCAAACAGUUACGGUCAAAAGCAUUGACUCUUUGAAAUGUUCCUCUGAAUAAAUAAAGAUUUUGUAAAAGUA